AUGUCUUUUAGCGCAUUGACACCAGUAGGAAAAUAUGUUGCAAUUCUCUCAGGAUUAACAAUAGUAUCAGUCUUAGGAACGAAAACUAUUAUUCGCCAAAGAAGACAAGGUCAAUUCCAACCUAACUAUUUGGAAUCAAAAUCUACAAAUAAUGAUUACAAUCUCGCAAAGAUCAAACCAGGCUUUCCUGAAAAUGAAAGGAAGAAUGAGACGGAGGAGGUCAAGAGAAAAAGCGAGUACGAAGCAACAGGUUUAUCGUACAUGAGCAGGAAGCGUGGUGACAAGUUAGGGCUCCUUGACAAAUGGAACAAGGAAUAA